GUGUCGUAGGGAUAAUCCGCGGCGCCCGUUCGAAUCCCCGAACCCUGCUCGCAGCGCGCUCGGCGCCGCUGUGUAGCACGCCGGGGCUGCCUAUUUGCAGCGGUGCGACCAAAGAGCUGCAGAACCGACCACUGGGGCAGCCUCGGCGCGAUUGCGGCCACAAAUAAUGGCCGUCACGGCCGAUGAGCUCGCGCAGCUCGAGGAGCGGCUGCUGGCCAAGCUCCAGGGGCAGCCGUCGCGCGUCGAGGAGGAGGAGGAGGAACUGCCGGCCGCCGUGUUUGCCCGGGUGACGUGCGUUACGACAAUUCUGCUGGUCUACGUCUGCGUAUCGAUGGUGGCGAGCAUUUUCACGACGGGAGUGCACGGUAAUCUGUCGCAAAUCGAAUAUUGCGUCUACCCGCUAUGCUUUACUGCGUUCACGGGGCUGAUCUUCGGUGCGCUCGACUCCGAGGCCGCCGGACGACGGACAAUUAAACUCAUGCGCGCCUGGUGGAUCCCCCAAAUUGUUAUUGUGCCCUAUUUGUACUGGACGUCUGAUAUGUACGUGGAUGCUGUGCUCUUGUUUAUUGGAUUUUCUAUCAAUUCUAUCUUCUGGCCCUGGUUAUUCGGCGCAAUGCGCGAAAUCCUGCGGAAGCGGUAUCAGGGUUCGCGCACAGCAUGGUCGCAGCACUAUACAAGUCGAGCACUUAAGCUUGGUGCGUUUCAGAUCGUCCUCGCCGUCUCCGCUAUUGCGCAGGGCUUGGAGGGAAAGGAAUCGUUUCCCCGGGUUUACGCGACCUUUAACUUCAGCCUAAACCUGAGCACAGUACUGAUUUUCGUCAUCGCGAUCUUCGACGUCUGUGCAGUAGACACCCGUGCGGCCGCCACGUUACGCCUCUCGCCGCUGCAGGCCGCGGCGGUUGUCACCUGCGGCAUCGUCGUUUUAUCUGCCUUCGCAGGAUACAUUGUUUCUGAACAGAGACGACCGUCCAAAAGGGCAGCGCGCGCGGCGUUCCUCAGCAUGGUGUUUUCCAACCAAUUUUGCUUUAUUGUCGUCGGCCGGCUAGUGUGGGUCGCUCGGCGAAAGGCCCGAUCCGAGGACUCCGCGAGCGUGGUGCCGGCCAAGGAAGAAGGCCUCGAGGCAGGCGUGUUCGAUGUCCCAGGCGCGUAACUACAAGUCUAGUAGUUCUGGGAUUUCGCUGGUCGCCUACAACUCGUAAAAAAGAAUUCAAGUCUGGGCGCUGGCACGCCCGCGCGCUGCGUGCGGCGCUGUGGCUGGUGGUCCGGGGCUGCCGUGCGUUACGAGCAAACAACUGCUGCAUGAUACCGCUGGGGCGGCGUUCCAUGCAAAAAAAGCACCGCUGAGGGCGCCGCCGCUGGGCAGCCUUGCCAGUCAGGC